GCCAUCGCCGGAGCCAUGGAAGCGGCACCGCUCGACUCCUGGCUGAGCCGCUCGCGUGAAAAAACCACCGACGAGACGGACACCGAGAAAUGCUCCCUCAACCGAUCGCCGCACCGCUGGACAACCGCCACACCCGAAGGCGUCGAACGGGUGAAAUUGUCCCGCGAGGCCCAAGCGCUUCUCGGCUGUGUCGUCAACGAGGACGUGUACCUCGAGUGCCCCUACGCCUACGUGCCCCGGCAAGCUCUGCUGGAAGUUUCGCGACGCGAGGACACGACCCUCCACGGGCUAUCCGGACGAAUCGCUGCCUCCACGGCGGAUUGGCUACUGGUCGGGUACGCCGAAGACAAGAUCACCGGCCACCCCGAUGGAGCAGAUUUCGCGAUCUGCACGAGCAAAGAGGCCUGCCGGGCCGUAGCCGGCCGCAACCGGUGGAUAACGCUUCGGCUCCGAGAAGGGGCGCGCCGCCAGGUGGAGAGGCUCGCCGGGCCGUGGCGCGAGGGAGGAUCGACCGUCGAGAUAGCGUCCCCGCGUCCCGUGGGCCCGGCGCGCGAGCUCGACCUCCUCGUGCCCGUGGCCGAGCUCCUCCGGCCCCGCGACCUCGCCGACUCCCGCGACACCUGCACCGAGCUCGUCCCCGACGAGGCGGACAACCACCCGAGGGUCGACCUCGCCCGACUCGCCGGGGCUACCCGAACCCACCUGGGCAGCCGGCACUCCGAGGCCCAGACCCACCCCGCACGGCCCACCAACCAGUGGACUCAGUACGAGCUCGAGGUGCCCCGGGAGUUUGCCGACCUGUGGGCCCACCAACAGCAGGAGGAGGAAGUAACGGGGGACGAGGCGGAGGAUGAGGAAGCCCCGAGGGAAGAGGGGGAUGGUGAUGACAACUCGAGUCCAGAUGGGCCGAAGAAGGAGCUCGUCAGCGAGGAGGCGCUGCGACUCGCGGAGAGGAGGAGGCUCGAGUGGUCCAAGCUCGCGGGAUUCGCGACCGGUUGGGCCACGGAGAUCGACAACGCCGUCUCCUUCAACGCCUCGAUCAACCUCCACGUGAACGACGCUGCCAACCUGAGGGGCGACGCCCCACCAGCGGGAAGACCGGCAAUCGGCGAAACGAGCUAUCCCGAGUCGACGAGCCUGCUGGACUUGGACACGAUCGGCAAGACGAGGUACUUGCUAGCUGCCUCCUGGCACCCCGAGAUAACCAAUUUCUUCGCUUGCGCCUACUUGGACCCCACCAACGACACGUUGGACGAUGGCUUGGUGGCCCUGUGGAUCUUGUCGGAUCCCCUGCGGCCAAGGUUCCUCCUAAAGUGCGAUCAGCGAGUCUCGGCGUUGUCGUUCUGCCCAAUUGGGAGCUACUCCAGCAUCCUCGUCGGUGGCUGCCUCGACGGAAGCAUCGUCGUCUGGGAGAUACCGAUGGACUGGCUGGAGAGUAGCGGUGGCGGCGGUGCCGGCCAGCCCCCGAGGAGGAGGGAGGCGACGAUAGCCGUGUCCUCGGACGGCAAGUCCCACGCGUCCGGAGUCACGGGGAUCCGGUGGCUGCCACUGGGCCCCUCGUCGCCGAGACCUUGCUUCGCCACGUCCUCCGGCGAGGGUGGCCUGUACCUUUGGAGCCUACCGCGAUCCCUGGCCAGUCCCCCACGGGCCCUCAGUCCUCUGCGCUUGGCUCUCUCACCCGUCCACCGAUUAACGAUCGGCGAACUAAACGACCCGGUCACGAGCUUCCAUCUCCCGUGGGACUCGUCCGCGAGGAGGACGGUGUUCGUGGGCACCGCUGGUGGCGAGGUCGCCCGGUGCGCUUGGGAGGAGGCUGAUGGCGAGUCGGAGCCGUGUCUGGCCGUGCCGGUGGUUAGGUGCACCGCUCACGACGGUCGCGUGAGGACGCUGGCCAGGUGCGACCACCUGGAGGACGUGUUUCUGAGCGUCGGGGGCCGGGUGUUCGCCCUGUGGAAGGAGGACAUGCCCGAGGGGCCGUUCUACCGUAGGAGGUCGGACGCGAGGCUCGGGUACGGGGAGGGCUGCUGGAGUACCGGCAAACCGGGGACCAUCGGCCUCGCCAGGCUCGACGGAUCCUUCGAGGUCUGGGACUUGAAGCGCAACUCCGGCGCACCCCUCUUCCUACGGAUAAUCUCCAACAACGUGAGCGGCUCUCUUGUGACGCCGUACAUAUUCUUCCCGAGUCCUGGUGGCUCGGGGAGAGACGAGGAGAAUAAGUGGUCAUUCGCGGUGCUGGACGGGCCCUCGAGUUUGCGGAUCUUUGCCGACGAGGGCGAGGACGGGGGCGCGGCGGCCGAGCGAAUCGAGUGGCUCGAGGAGUUUGCGUGGCGUGAGACAAGGCGCAAGCUCGAGUUUCACCGGUGGCAGGACGAAUACCUGGGACGGCACCCGACAGCCCUGAGGCGCAGGGCAGAGCGGGAACGAGCCGAGCUGGCCAGGAGGCACCGGGAGGCGCGCGACAAGUUUGUCAAGGAGCAAGAGAGGUUGGCGCGCGAGGAGGCGGAGCGCAGACGGGCGCGUCGGCGCGUCUCGAGGACGGAGCUCUGGCGGCGGGAGGAGCUGAGGCGAGCCGAGGGGGUGGUACUGCGGAAGAGGGGCUUGGAGCCCGCCGAGCUCGAGAGGAAGCGGGAGCCGCUGGUCUCGCUCGAGAAGCAGAGGGCGCGGAGGUGGCUGAAGAUCAGGGGAGAGCUCGCUCGGGCCGACGAGAUCUUGGACGAGAGGAUCGCGAAGGAGGUGCUCCGAGGGAACGAGGCGGAUGGGGCUGAGGACGAUGACGAGGAGGAAGACUCGGACGGGGAGGCCGUGGCAGAGAGGCCGAGGGAGGAGCUGGAGCUGGAGUACCGGAAGAUCAGCGAGGAGCUUUGCAGGAGAGUGGAGAUUCUCGGCAUCAUCUGCUUGAUAUUGGGCUCGUCAUCACCUUCCGCUGCCGGUGGAUGGUUCACCUUCGUCGUUGUGGUCGCCUUCAUCGUGACCUGCUUGUGGACGGUCAUCUAUCUUCUCUCCGUCCGCGAAUCGCUCAAGAUACCCAUCAAUUGGCUGCUCUCGGAACUCUUCAACACGGGAAUCUUCACCAUUCUCUACUUCACGGCAUUCGUAUGCGAGCUGGCAGUAGUCAGAGGUGCUGUGUUCGUUGCUGCGGGGGUCUUUGGAUUGUUUAAUACCCUUGCAUAUGCAGCCGGCACGUACUACCUUUAUCUGGAGCACGUGGGUAGUCAGCGUUAG